CACGAGCCCCUCAGUGACUGCCUGGGCUCCUAGAAGAUCUUGUGAUGUGUCAGUUGCUAGUGCUGCAUAAAGAUGGACUCUGGUGCUCUCUAUGGUUCGUGGUGGCUUAUUAUAAACAACAUUAAAUGUGUCAUGUGAAAAGAUUUAAAGGCCAGGACGUGUAAAGUGAAUCUUAGAAAACAAACUGAAGAAAAAUAUGAAAUGAUAAAAUUACUGUUAUAGUACUUUAAAAUGUAAUAAGGUGCCAAUAUGAUGUUCAGACGAAGUCUGAAGGGCCUUGUCGGGGCCAGUGCCUUGUUUUUCCUGGUUUUUCACCUACUUAGUUUUUAUAUUUGGAAGGCGUGGGAGACAAAGACAGUAGACAAGAUAGAGAAUGCAGGAAUUCACAUCGAGCGACUUAAAUCAGUCGGUUGUAGUGAAUCAAAUAGCCUCGGUAACACUUGUCAGCAAGAAACCUCAUCAUCCCCUGAAAGGCUGAUCAGUCAAGAUGCUCCGUAUGAUCGUGACAGUGAGUGGACCAUGAAUCUGAUUCUCGACGAACUCGACGAAUGGUUAAAAAAUGCUCCAGCAGAUGAAUUUUCUAAAGGAAAGAGCAAAGGAUCUGUAGAUUUUCCGCAGGAGAGAUCUAAAUUACUGGAAGAAUUCAAAGAUAAGACUGGAAAUACAACUACAUCACAUUAUGAACUUCCAUUAGUUAAAUUACUCAAAUCUCCCCAAGAGUCGUCGACCAGUGACUUGAGUGGCAGUUCACUAACUGAAGAGCAGCCCAAUACAGUUGUUCCUCAUGAGGGCGUCUAUAUAGCUAACCAAGACGAGAAUCUCUCCAGCACCAUUACGGAGCUCAUGAAUCACGCCAACAAGACGAUCCUGGGGCAAGACCUCCCAGGCACAGCCUCGCGUGAAAACCUUUCCCAAGAUGACCCACUGCUGCCAGGCCCCACAAUCAACAAGAGUAUACAGAAGCAGAUGCUGAAGGACUCGCCCUUGGUGUCUCUGCGGCGGGACGUGUACUGGCCCAUUGUGUUGCCCCCCACACACGCCUCCAUCUUCACUUCCGUAAACUUCUCCAGAUACUCGCCGGAGGAUCGUCAGUACCUGGAAGGUCGUGUGAGCGUGUAUGAGGAGCGGGCUCGAAGGGUGGGCAAAGUGUGUGAAAAUAACCUUGCCCACGCCACGCCCACGCCUGUGAAAACUCUUGUGUGGGACCAGAAGCACCAGCCCAAUCUCGUCUGGUGUCAAAUGUCCAAGGUGGCGUCCACGACCUGGAUGGUAAACUUCCUUCGUCUGGCUCAUUACCGCGAGAACGACACCAGUCUCGCCCACCUCUCAGAGGAGGAGAGAGACAAAGCCAGGUUUGAGCAAUCACAGUUCGUGGACGUAAAUCUACAUUCCAUCGUCUACCGGUUCUUUCCGGCGCCCGACAGCACCAGAGAACGCAACCGGAUCUUCCGUGAGGCGCUCAGAGUCAUCAUCGUCAGGCAUCCUUUCGCCAGGCUGCUGUCGGCCUACCGGGACAAACUCUCGUCUCUUACUCCUCGGCCGAAGAUGUUCAACUUCAGGCAACUCCAGCUGGAUAUUAUCAUGAGGUACAGGUCGAAGACCUCCAACGAGACGUCAGUGUUCCCGACCUUCGAGGAGUUCACUCAGUUUGUCAUUGAUUCGACGGCCAACCUCAAAACUCUCAAAGAAUGGAAGAAGGUGGUGUGUUGGACGCCAUACUGGGCACAGUGUGGCGUCUGCGCUCACGACUUCCAGUUGAUCAUGAAGCUAGAGACGAUGGAGGAGGACGAAAGGUUCCUUAUUACUCUGGCAGAUCUUCAAGAGCUGAAAGAGGUCCACGAGAAGCGAAACGUGAGGUCGUCUCCGAGCACUAGCCACCACAAGUACUUCCAGCAGCUUAGCACCCACCAGAUGCUUCAGUUGCAUCAACGUUACCUCCUCGAUUUCCAGCUGUUUGGCUACUCUCUGGAGGAGUACCUGCCCUUAGCCAGGGACGCUCCCGUCCAACGUCCAGCUUCUUGACUCAUAUCAUUGAUUUGCAGAAAACAUCGUGCCUUAUUUAUUAUUUCCACAUCUCACUUUAUUAACGUCGUCUCAUUAAUGUCAUUCUAUUUCAUUAACGCCAUCUGACCUUAACGUUAUCAACUGUUUUUGUACCGUCAUCCCAUUUUGUUACUCAUUUUAUUUACGUCACCUUAUUUUCUUUACAUCAUCUCAUUUUGCUAAUGUCUCUAAACUCAAAUUUCCCUCAAGGGUGGUUCCAUGAUGCCCGUAACAGGCUCUUGAUCCAAGGAAUAGGAAUUGUUCACCUCUUCAUCUAAUCCGAUUGCCUUCCAUUUCCCAGAUCCUUCCCAUAAUAAUCAGAACUUAAAAAGUCUUGGAUUCAUUAGCUGCCUGACUGCGGUGGAGUGCGGUUGUGCACAGCACCCCUCUGCUGUUUUGUCAGGAGAGCUCUCAUAGCAACAAUAUGGCGCUGAGUAUCCGACGUAGGGUGAACACUGUCGGCGUGGAGCUGCUUCGUGGGGCGAUUUCCCCCUCUACGGCGCAGGUGUUACUUCCGGCAAUCAUCAGAGAAACGUACGGAGUGCAGGAUGAUGAGGUUUAUGGUGUAGCCCUGAAUGGGGCCUAUCGUCUAUUCGUCAAGUUAAAUUCGACGGCUGUGUACGAGUCGUUAGUGACGAAAUUUGAGCAUGUGAGUAUUGAUGUAACUCCAGCUGUCAAAGUGCGACUCAUAGACGUUUCUCGCCACUAUACGUGGGUGAAGUUGCGCAAUGUCCCCUUCGAGGCUGACGAGGAGGACUUACGGAAGGUGUUUGCAGCUUAUGGUACCGUGCAUCUGGCAACCCAAGGCAAGUGGGCGGCAGGUGCGUACGUGGGACGUCCGGAGGGUACAUUCUCCCUCAAAAUGACACUGAGGCACCCGAUCCCGUCAUACGUCGUGAUGCCGGAGUUUAGGACCCAAAUUCUAGUGGCGUAUGCUGGGCAGCGUCGGACAUGCAGGUUGUGUGGAGAGUAUGACCAUAUGGCGGCGGACGUGUGGGAGGCAGUGGAGGGCGCCGGCGCAAACAGGUGGUGCACCAGUUACAGGUGUGGUUGUCGUAGAGGAGAAUUCCAAAGGAAACCGAGGUGAUGGCCGUCUGUGGAGUGAAAUUGUAGAAGAGUCUCUUGUGGUGCAUGAGGGGCGGGGCACGAGUUGUGUGGAGCCGAUAAUGGCCACUUUGCCGGUGACGGGGGAGGAAGUGCUCAUUCAGCAGGAGGUGCAAGAGCUGGAGGAGGAGCUCGACGAGGUAUUGAAAACUUUACCUUCUUCGGGCGAGGAUAAUGGCUUGGUCCGUGAAAUGGUGCCUGAGUUGAAAGGAGAGUGUGGCGGGACAGGCACGGGAAGGAAGGAGGACAACUGCAGGCAGAGAGAGGAGUCACCGAGCUCUGUGCGACAGGUCACAGUAGAGGUUGAUGUUCACUGUGAGGAAUCUUCGGUAGACAGUAUGGCGGUAGAGAGUGUUACGAGGAAGAGGGCGGCUGCGUCAGACUCAGAUGAUGUCCUGACGCCCGCGCAGAGGUCUGGGAGGAAGGAUGUAUAUUCUCGUGACAGCCAGGAUAAGAGGCAUCGAAGAGGGGGGGGGGUGGAUGGUGACAAACCACAUGUUGACCCUGGGGCAAGAGGCCCUGGGAAGGGUGAGAGGAGAAAGGGUUGGAAGCUUUAGAAAGGCCUUAAGUGCAUGACUGUGAAUGUGAAUGGACUGUGUACUGGUGUGAAGAGGGAAUGCUUUCGUAUGCUCUUACGUCGAUACAGAGUGGACGUAGUCUUUCUACAGGAGCAUAAUUUCAGGGAGGGUAGAGUGCUCGAGGUGGACGGGUAUACGGUGUUGACUCUGCCAUCGGCACGUUUGAAAGGUGGUGUGGGUUUAUUGAUAAAGGAGGCGAGCCCGUUUGUGUUGCAAAGACGUGAAGGGGGUGGGGGGGGAGGGUGUUGCGUGUGGAUGGGUGGUGGAUGGGGCAGAGGGUAACCUUUGUAAGUGUGUAUGCACCAGCUGAAAAUGAUAUGAAAGUCAAGAGGGAUUUUUGUGUGUGAUGAUCUAGUUUUUGCUUUCCGUGGUUUACCUGAAGUGGCCAUCGUAGGUGGGGACUGGAAUUGUGUGAUCAGGAGAGCGGAUGUGGAACCACGAGGGGCGGGGCAUAUGUUGACAGCAUUACGCAAUCUUUUGGUGGACGUUCAGUUGAGGGAUGUGGUAGGUGGGGGAGCGUGGGAGGUGGAGCAUACUUUCGUGAGGCGAGGUUACGCAGCUAGGUUAGACAGGUUGUAUAUAUCUCAUAAGGUAUUGUCAACGUCUGUCCGUACUAUUGAACUAGCUUUUUCAGAUCAUAGGGCGGUUGUCGCAGAAGUAGAGUGGGAUUCUCUAGCUUGUAUCUCUAGGGGAUAUUGGAAAUUAAAUACGAGUCUGUUGGAAGAUGAGGAGGGGUUGGGGGGUUUUACGGAGCUGUGGGAGAGAUUAACUGAGGAGGUACAAGGUGUGGAGGACGUGGUGACGUGGUGGGAUGGUGUGGCUAAGGACCGGAUUCGGCAUUAUUAUGUGAG